CGCACUAGGGACUCUUUGACCGAUUAAUCUAUUUAUAAGUCCGUUUAUCCAUAUGGAACCGAAGGCCUUUGUUAUUGACUUAAGAUUGCUGCUCACGGCAGCAUUGCAGCUCAAUGGGUGCGGUACUAAGUGUUUUGCCCGAAACCCAAACUGGACAAUAGCUAGCGCCCACUUGUGUUUAAAGCGUGCCAACCAAUUAUUAUUGGAAACAAAUACAUGUGGAGAGACGUCUCCUUUCUUGCAGAAUUUGGUGAAAUUGGUUGAGAGGCAAAGCGCCACUCACUGCCAGCUGUUAGGAAUUUCGCCAUCAAAGCUAAUUCAAGCUUUCAUGCACAUCAAAUGCAGGUCAACAUUCAUUCAGUCAGUCUUGUUUCUAGCGUAAAAGCAAAGCGGCUUAUCGGACAUUCAAGUUCAGUUCGUAGUAUUCCCCGAUUCAUAGAGUUCUGUUCAUUGGUUGAUAACAAAUUCGAAGUCAGGCUUGGCCCGGCUGAGGAAGGUGAAUCACGGAGUAGCUGGAUCUAAAAAGUGAUGAAGAGCUAAUGGGAUAUCAGUGCAGCGAUCGAGGGAAAAGAACGACGUAGUUAAUAAGAGCAACUGCGAAAAAGCCGGAUUAUUGGGGACUCACACCGGCGGCUCAGAGUUAUUAUUACAGUUAAACCGUUCCAAAUGCAGAAACGUGGAUCAUCAUGUCUCCUUACUCACAUCCCAGAUCCAUUGUACAAUUGGAUGACAAUUGCCUGUACGCUAUAAUGUCCUACCUGAGUCUACCUGAUAAAGUGAAUUUGGCGUUUUCCGAUGUUCGAUUUGAAGACUGUAUAGAGCGUUUCUUAAGAAAGGAUGUCUUUCGAAUAUCGGAAAUUAGAACCAAUUUCAAUGAAAAUCAAAUUAAAGAGAUUUUCCGAGAAUAUGGACACAUGAUUAAACGACUAAAGCUAGAUAUUUUCGACAAAAAGGACAUCGAUUAUCAUCAACUGGCAACUAUUCACUGCAGAGAUUUAGAGGAAUUAUAUUGCCAUUGUUCCAGACAAUCGGAUGCAGCUGCUUUCUCCCAACUUAUAACAAAUUCAAGUUCACUUAAAAGGUUCAAACUCCUCAAAUGGCCGAACGAAAAGAUUCAGUUUGAUGAAGUUUCAUUGGAACUGUCCAAAUUACCUAACCUGACGAGUUUAACUUUAGAUCAUUCGAACAUAACUGGCCAACAUCUUUCAGUUUUGACGAAGUUGAAAGAUUUGAGCCUAAAAAAUUUGCUGGGGUUUAGACCCCGCACACUUCAUGGAAAUGUGCAAAUCAGUGAAAUUAUACACAUUAAAUAUCCAAGGAUGCAACAAGCUGGAUGACGAGGCAUUUGAAACCCUCGUGGAAACACAGGUUGAUCUCGUACAGAUAUCAGUCGGCAACGAUUACGAAGCUUCAAAUCUAGAAAUUGUCGCGUUACUAAAGAACCUCAGGAAAUUCGCUGUGAGUUUGUCCGUUUUUGAAGAUGUAGUGCGGUAUUUGACAGCCCUAGGUGAACAUAAAGGUGGAUCAUUGGAAUCGCUUUUCAUCGAUAAAUUAAAUCGGAUUCUAGAUUCAUAUUUCGGGUACGCGCCAUUACAAGAACGAGUUGGUGAACCAAUUAAGCAAAAUAUUCUCAAGUUAAGGAAACUGAAAACACUUCAGCUGCCUCGGAAUACGCUCGUGGAUGAUGAUUUCUUAGAGAAAUUGGCGAAAUGUUGUCCUGAAUUGGAAGUCUUCGAAAGCAAUUAUCCCCAUAUGGCGUCUGCGCAAGGAAUUAUUCAGUUGUUAGGAGAAUUGAAGCACUUGGCACACAUCGAUUUUACUGGAAGCGCCGUUUUGGACUUUAGACUGUAUGACAAUGUCUACCGAGUGAUUAAAGAUAGGAAUACGGCUCCGUUGAAGUUAUACAAUGGUUAUACAAAGCAGAUACAUUUGUUUUUGGAUAGUAUGGAGUAUAAACACAGAAAGAAAUAUGUGGAAGUAAUCCCAGGAUGCAUCAAUUAUUUCGCAGAUUCCAUGCCAAACAGAAAGCGCCCCAGGACUACCUUAAAGGAGCUCAACCAAAACUCAAAUCCAGUCCAAACUACAAACCUAUCACUUUCUACCUCUCAAGACGUUUCAUUUUUGGAUCUUCCGGAUAAAGUUUUUCAGUUAAUAAUUUCCUUUCUGGCUCCUGUGGAUAAAUUGAAAAUUUUGCUAAUAAAUAAUCGUUACCGAGCCUUGGCAGCCAGUAGUUUACGUGAUGAUAAAGUUGAUUUAAAAGAAUUCUAUCAGUUCUUUACUUUUGAUGAAACACGGCAAAUUCUUUCUACAUGCUCAAGAUAUUUAGACAAAUUAUAUUUUAUAUACAAGGACGGAAUGAGACCAAAGGAAUACUUGGCUGUCAUGGAAUCACACAAAAAAGACUUUAUUCAAGUUGAUGUCGAUUCAGCACCUGAAAAUUUUUUUGAGGACAUUUUGUUAUUUGAAGGGAGUUUGUAAUAUAAAUCAUGACUGUUGUUUGUAACCAAAUUUAUAUAUGUCUGUGAUAUGUAGGAAAUCGCUGUUACAAGUUUUAUUAAAUUGAAAUAAAUAAA